ACCAUUGGCAGAAAAUAUACAUCAAAAUGGCAGCUCCCAGUGGAAGGAAGAAGGUCGAUCUUCGGGAAUUAAUGAGGCAGAAAAAAGCUGCGAAGCAAACCAGUGUCAAGAGGAUCGAAUCACCAUUAGCCAAAUACAACAACCUAGGACAGUUGAUCUGUGUGGUUUGUAACCAGCAGGUUAAGAAUGAAAUACUGUGGACAGCUCAUCUUCAAGGAAAAAAACAUAAAGAUAAUGUAGUACUACUGAAGACUGGAAAGCAAGCUGGUAAUAAGGUAGUAAGUACGCACCCUGUGAGAAGCAACCCUCUACCACUAUCACAGUCUACUACUUCUGCCAAGAGGAAAGCAGAACCAGCCGCUACAGCACAACCUGUUAAGGGCAUACUGAAGAAACCAAGAAUUGGUCUACCCUAUGAUGACUCCUCAUCUGAUGAAUCAGACAAUGAAACAACACAAGACAAACUUCCAGCAGAUUUCUUUGACAAUGGUAAAGGCACAUCAUCCACACCAAGGACAGCAACAUCUAGUACUUCAUCAUCACAGGUCAAGAGCAGGUCAAAUGAUGCCAUCGCAUCAGGGCUUCCAGCAGACUUUUUUGACAGCGGUGCUUCAUCAAAUAAUGUUGCAGGGGAACCUUCAGGUACAGAUGGUAAAGAAGACCAAGAUCAGGCCAAUAAGCCGAUGGCAGAGGUUCUUCCAGAAGGCUUCUUUGAUGAUCCUGUUAAGGAUGCGAAGGUACGGAAAGUAGAAGUGAGGAACACAAUGGAGGAAGAAUGGGAGAAAUUCCAGAAAGAGAUGCAAACACAGCAGCAGGUGUCAGAAAAUCUAGCAGAGGAAGACGAUGAGGCAGCACAGACAGAAAGAAACAUUGAUGAGAUAGAUGAACAAAUUCAAUGUUUCGCCAAAGUGGAGACACUAUGGGACAAGAAGGACGAGCUGAAAUCAAAGGCUGAAGACAGAGAGAAAAAACAGGAUGAGAACGAACUUGACGAGAGUGGAGAUGAGGCAGAUUUUGAUGAAUUCUUAAACUGGAGAUCGAAAGGAGCGUAUAAAUGAGACUCUGUGCCCAUCUCUUAUGAUUAUUCAAAGGAACAAUGUUGUGUGCAUUGAAAUGUCUUACUUUGCAGUCUGAAAGACAAUAAAAACUGGCUACCAUGUUAUGAACACUCACUGCAUUGAUGAUCAAGCAGAGGUCUUAUCAACACUCUUACUAGCGCGUGUGAAACAUCUACACCAAGGAAUCAUGACCAAGGCAACACUCUUACUUUGUAUAAGUUUAUGUUAUCUUUUGGUGAACAUGUUAUGUAACAUGUCUUCAUAUUGUUGAGGAAUACUGGUACGUCUAACAAAGUUCAUGUCAUUUUCAUGUAAGAAGUGUGCUCCACAUGAAAAUCUGACUGACAGUUAGGCAAAGAUCUCAACCCCAGAGCUCGACAGAUACAUCAAUAUAUGAGCAAACAACCUAAUAUUUGCCCUCUUUAACUGUGACAGUCAUCUUUAGAACAAAUUUAUUUUUAUAAGUGAUGGUAGAUGAACUUUUUCAGGCUUGAAAAUUGAAAUGAAACACAAAUGCAUUCAAAAGUGAUAUAACAACAAAAAGAGUGAGUUAAUUCUUUCGCAAAAUGAUUUAUUAUAUGUAAUAGGUUAUUUUGGCAAGCUUUGUGCCAUGUUUUGUCUAUCUGACAAAGACAUGAAAUUUCUAAAGUAAAAAGUUAGUAAAAUUUUGAACUAUCCAUUCAAAGGUCUGAUAUUCUCUUCUUACACUCAUCACCUGGGUAAUAAUACUUCUCAAUGGUAAUACAUUAAACUCAGACUAUUGGCAAGAGUUAAGUGGACAGUAAAAUGACCUACCGGUACUCUAACGCAAACCUCCCUUGUCUAUAAGUCCCUAAUAAAAAACACCCAUCAAAUCGUUGUUCUGAUGCACAGGCAAUUACACAAAACUUUCACUAGCUCACCUGAUACUUUUGUCAUUUAGAUUCUUUUUGAUAUACGCUGUAGAUUUGAGCAGUGUCAUGUCAACAUCUCUGUAUAAAAUACAUUGAAGUCAUGAUUAAAUAUUUUGUAUCAAA